AUAUUGAUCAUUUAGUUUGAUUUAGAUAUUAUAGAUGCUGACCAGCACCAUGGUCGCUAGGAUUCUUGUUAAAUUAGCAAUUGCAGUUUUGUUUCUUUCCAGUUUGUUGUUCUUCUUUGUACCUUUGUAUCAACACAAAGUUUUGAGUGAUCAUUCUGAAGAAAUUUUCAAAAGUAUGACAAGCAAUCCCGAUAAACAUUUGAUACAUAUUGUUGUUGUUGCAUGCGGCGAUCGCCUGGAAGAAGCAUUGAUCAAUAUUAAAUCUUCAUUACUAUUCACAAAGCACAACAUUUUUUAUCACAUUUUUGCUGAAGAUGCUCUUCAUUCCGGUUUUGUCGAAGGAAUUUGGUCUUGGCCUGAAAAGUAUCGCUCUAGCCUUCAGUAUAAACUUUAUAGAAUUACAUAUCCUAAUGACGAAAACGCGAAAGAAUGGAAAGAACUAUGCAAAUUAUGCGCAUCACAAAGAUUAUUCUUGCCGACGGUGCUUAGUGAAGAUAUCGAUUCUGUAAUAUUUGUCGACACUGAUGUCAUUUUCCUCAGUGAUGUGUUUCAACUUUGGAGCGUUUUUGCAGAAUUCAACUCUACACAAUUAUCCGCGAUGUGCAUUGAAUAUGAAGAUGAAAAGAUGGGUUGGUACAACAGGCUCGGAAGAACUCCAUACUACGGGAAAACAGGUCUCAAUGCAGGAAUUAUACUUAUGAAUUUGACUCGAAUGCGAAAGGCCAAGUUCAGGAAUGAUUUCAAACAUAGUUUGAUGACAUGGAAAGAUAUGCUUCAGCCUUUGUAUGAUAAAUAUCAAUACAGUUUAACAUGGGGCGAACAGGAUUUACUCAAUAUCAUAUUUCACUAUAAUUCUGAUAUGCUGUAUGAGCUCUCUUGCGAUUGGAAUUAUAGACCAGACCACUGUAUGUUUGGUCAAAUGUGCAAGCCUGCCAAAAAUGGUGUGAAAGUUGUUCAUGGAUUCCGAGGUGUUUAUCACAAUGAAAAAGAACCAGCAUUCAAGGCUGUGUAUGACGCUAUCAAGGCGUAUGAUUUUCAAGAUAUGGAGGAAAAUCUCAUUCAGGUAAUGGCAAGAAAUCUAAAAAUGACUGAAACUACAAAUUGUGGAAAAGAACACAAUUGUUUUCUGAAGGGGUUGCGCAAAGCAUUGGAAGAUAAAUAAUUUAUUGUUCAUCAACAAUUGAUAUUUGAUUACAUAUGAUAAAGAAUUCAAAGUUACAUUUUUUAUACUUUUCUGCGCGGACGUUUUUGUGGCAUUACAUGUAAUAAUGGAUCUUUUUUUGGUUUUCAAUAAUCGUCCUUUUUUGAAAAUAAAUUCUCAUAUUACAUUUCAUCACAUUGGAAUGAACAAGCGAAAUGAGAUUUCUUAAUCCUUUGUUGUUUUACCACGAUUUGAAUGUUCAAGUGGUUAUUCGAUGGAAAUUUCAUAUAACCUAAUAGGAAUAAAUCGCUCUUUUAAUCUUUUGUUUUAUAUUCAAGAAUUCAACAAAUGAUACAUUUCCUCCAUUUUCUUACAUGCGGGAUUUAGGCCUAAAAGGCCUUUGAUUGCACAGGUUUGGAAUGGCUUCAUAGUAAAUUACCAAACUAUCGUCCAGGCCAUAUGCUGUAAUCUAAAAACGCUAUUUUGAUUGCAAAAGCUUACCUUGAUUCGCAUGCAUAGUUUGCAUUUUCGCAAUUACAAAAUCAAGUCGUUCGUCGAAGUACAAGACACUUUUCUCAUGUAGACAAAUUUUCAAACAUGGUUGUAAACGAUG